GGAGCAUUGUAGACGUAUUCUCGUAAAAAGAGCGACGCAGGGGAGGGAGAAGAACACACGAGGCGGCUCUGUUUUUCUCUCUCUGACUCUCUGACUCUCUGUCUCUCGUCGAUGAUGAAAGCUUCUUGCAAGGGAAAGUUCGAUGUCGACAAAAGCGGUGGUGGUGCUUCGCUUUCCUUCAACGCCGGCAAUGUUAAGCUUCGCGCCACCCUGACUGAUGCUAUUGUCCUCGCAGGCCCUAGCUUGAACGGUCUCUCUCUCGCCGUUGAGAAACCUGGCUUCUUCAUCGUCGAUUACAACGUCCCUAAAAAGGAUGUUAGGUUUCAGUUCAUGAACACAAUCAGAAUUGCGGAUAAACCCUUGAACCUGACUUACAUUCAUAGCAGAGGAGACAACGGGACAAUCGUUGACGGUAGCCUUGUGAUUGAUCGGGCGAACAAGUUGUCUGCUAAUUAUAUGUUGGGAACAAACAACUGUAAGCUGAAGUAUACUUAUAUUCAUAAAGGGAUCGCUACUUUCGAGCCAUGUUACGACUUGGCCAAGGACUCGUGGGAUUUUGCGGUUUCACGGAGAUUUUAUGAUUCUGAUACUGUCAAGGGUACUUAUCAGACUUCUAGUAAGAUGCUUGGUUUGGAAUGGUCGUGGAACUCCAAAUCAAGAGGCGCUUUCAAGGUAUGUGCAUCAAUGAAUCUAGCAGAGAAAUUGAAGACGCCAAAACUGACCGCAGAAACUACAUGGAACCUCGAAAUUUAGCUCCCAUAGAACCCAAAAAUGUCUCUCAAGUAUUGUAGAUUCUUGUCUUAGCAAAAGAAAUCUAGAACAUUUCAUGUUUUAUCAUUGUUAAGACUUCAAUGACCACAAAAAUUGAUGUUUCUUGUUAACAUUAGUGAGUCCAAUUAAUAGUAACAUUCGUUAGAAUUAGUGACUGUAAUUAAACAACUCUCUUAAUAUAUUUGGUUUAGAUUUUGUUGGGAGC